CGCGCUCUCUUUUUUCUUCCGAAAGAAACCCUCUCAGAUCUGAAAAGAGAACCAAGCCAUGGGGAGGCCCUCCAAAUCUCAGCCUUCUUCCGACGACGAAGCGCCGUCGAAUGCCUCUGACUCCGAUUCCGAUUCCGGUUCGGAGGAGCAACUUCCCAACGAUCAGAUCAACGAACAAGAAGACGACGAGGAGCUCGAAGAGGUGGCUCGCUCCGCUAGCUCUGGCGAUGACGAUACUGCGCCGGAUGAACCUGCAGGAGACGCCGACGACGAUGAACAGGACGAAAAUAAUGCUGACACUGAAGUUAGCAAGCGCGAGAAGGCGAGGUUGAAAGAAAUGCAGAAAUUGAAGAAGCAGAAGAUUCAGGAGAUUUUGGAUGAACAAAAUGCAGCUAUUGAUGCUGAUAUGAAUAAUAAAGGAAAGGGCCGAUUGAAGUAUCUGUUGCAGCAAACUGAGAUUUUUGCUCAUUUUGCCAAAGGUGCUCAAUCUUCUUCUCAGAAGAAGUCAAAGGGAAGGGGACGCCAUGCAUCGAAAGUGACUGAAGAAGAGGAAGAUGAAGAGUAUCUUAAAGAAGAAGAAGAUGGUUUGGCAAGCACGCGGCUGGUAACACAGCCAUCAUGUAUCCAAGGGAAGAUGAGGGAUUAUCAACUUGCUGGGUUAAACUGGCUCAUACGAUUGUAUGAGAAUGGUAUAAAUGGAAUUCUGGCAGAUGAAAUGGGACUUGGGAAAACAUUACAAACUAUAUCUUUGCUAGGGUAUUUAUAUGAGUUCAGAGGUAUAAAGGGUCCUCAUAUGGUUGUUGCCCCAAAGUCUACUCUUGGAAAUUGGAUGAAUGAGAUUCGGCGCUUUUGUCCUGUUUUACGAGCAAUAAAGUUCCUUGGCAACCCGGAUGAAAGGAGGCAUAUACGAGAGGAGUUAUUGGUUGCCGGGAAGUUUGAUGUAUGUGUUACAAGUUUUGAAAUGGUUAUCAAGGAGAAGUCUGCAUUGCGUCGAUUUAGUUGGCGCUACAUAAUUAUUGAUGAGGCCCACAGAAUCAAGAAUGAGAACUCCCUCCUUUCCAAGACGAUGAGGCUCUAUAAUACAAACUACCGACUCCUUAUAACUGGCACACCACUCCAAAACAAUCUUCAUGAACUCUGGGCUCUUCUCAAUUUUCUUCUGCCUGAAAUUUUUAGCUCUGCUGAAACUUUUGAUGAAUGGUUCCAAAUAUCAGGUGAAAAUGAUCAGCAGGAAGUUGUUCAACAAUUACACAAGGUCCUUCGCCCAUUUCUCCUUCGGAGGUUGAAGUCAGAUGUCGAGAAAGGGUUGCCACCGAAAAAGGAAACUAUACUCAAAGUAGGCAUGUCACAAAUGCAGAAGCAGUACUAUAGGGCAUUACUACAGAAAGAUCUAGAGGUUGUCAAUGCUGGUGGAGAACGAAAGCGACUCCUCAACAUAGCAAUGCAACUGCGUAAAUGUUGUAAUCACCCAUAUCUCUUCCAAGGUGCUGAACCUGGUCCUCCCUAUACUACAGGAGACCAUCUCGUCACAAAUGCUGGUAAAAUGGUUCUAUUGGAUAAGUUACUUCCUAAAUUAAAAGAGCGUGAUUCCCGGGUCCUGAUAUUUUCACAGAUGACUAGGCUGCUGGACAUACUUGAAGAUUAUUUGAUGUUUCGGGGAUAUCAAUAUUGUCGUAUAGAUGGAAACACCGGUGGAGAAGAUCGUGAUGCUUCCAUUGAAGCUUUCAACAAACCAGGAAGUGAGAAAUUUGUCUUCUUGUUAUCUACUCGGGCUGGAGGUCUCGGCAUCAAUCUUGCUACUGCUGAUGUUGUAAUUCUUUAUGAUAGUGACUGGAACCCACAAGUUGACCUGCAAGCUCAGGAUCGUGCUCAUAGGAUUGGACAGAAGAAAGAAGUACAAGUUUUCCGAUUUUGCACGGAGUAUACAAUUGAAGAGAAAGUAAUUGAAAGGGCUUACAAAAAGCUUGCACUUGAUGCUCUAGUGAUUCAGCAAGGCCGAUUAGCUGAGCAGAAGACUGUAAAUAAAGAUGAGUUGCUUCAAAUGGUUAGAUUUGGUGCUGAAAUGGUUUUUAGUUCCAAGGACAGUACAAUUACAGAUGAGGAUAUUGACAGAAUUAUUGCCAAAGGAGAGGAAGCUACAGCUGAGCUUGAUGCUAAGAUGAAGAAAUUUACUGAAGACGCCAUCAAAUUUAAGAUGGAUGACAAUGCUGAGCUUUAUGAUUUUGAUGAUGACAAGGAUGAGAACAAAUUUGAUUUCAAAAAGAUUGUGAGUGAAAACUGGAUUGAGCCACCGAGAAGAGAGCGGAAGCGCAAUUACUCGGAGUCUGAAUACUUCAAGCAAACCUUGCGCCAAGGAGGUCCUACUAAACCGAAGGAGCCCCGUAUUCCCAGGAUGCCUCAACUGCAUGAUUUCCAGUUUUUCAACACACAAAGGUUGAGUGAGCUGUAUGAAAAGGAAGUACGCUAUCUCAUGGUGGAGGUGGGAGAUCCACUGACUGCUGAAGAGUUGGAAGAAAAGGAGCAGCUGCUAGAGGAGGGUUUCUCAUCAUGGAGCAGGAGGGAUUUUAAUACUUUUGUUAGGGCCUGUGAAAAAUAUGGCCGAAAUGAUAUUAAAGGUAUUGCUUCUGAGAUGGAAGGAAAAACAGAAGAGGAAGUUGAGAGAUAUGCGGUGGUCUUCAAAGAAAGAUACAAGGAAUUAAAUGAUUAUGAUAGAAUUAUUAAAAACAUCGAAAGAGGGGAAGCUAGAAUAUCCCGGAAAGAUGAGAUUAUGAAAGCUAUUGGGAAGAAGUUGGACCGCUACAAGAAUCCAUGGUUAGAACUAAAGAUACAAUAUGGGCAAAACAAAGGGAAGUUAUACAAUGAAGAAUGUGAUCGAUUCAUGAUAUGCAUGAUUCACAAACUUGGCUAUGGGAAUUGGGAUGAACUGAAGGCAGCAUUUCGAAUGUCACCUUUGUUUCGUUUUGAUUGGUUUGUUAAGUCUCGCACAACGCAAGAACUAACAAGGAGGUGCGACACCCUCAUUCGCCUUGUUGAGAAGGAAAACCAAGAAUAUGACGAAAGAGAGAGACAGGCUCGUAAGGAGAAGAAACUUGCAAAGAGUAGUACCCCAUCAAAGCGUACCAUGCCACGACAGACGGAGUCUCCAUCUUCGAAGAAGCGCAAGCAGCUGACCAUGGAUAACUUUGUAAGCUCGGGGAAGAAGAAAAAAUAAAUUAAGAGGAAAGCCGAAAUUUUAUUUUGGCUGAGUGAGGCGUGGGCCGGGAUCUGGCCUCGCUAAUUUUGAUGUGUCCUAUUUUCACAUGCCAACUUUGGUCGGUAUUAAAUGCUCGAAAGAUAAACCUUUGAGAGCGCAUUUAUUAGUUAGGGAAAUCUAGAUGAAAUAUAUUGUUGAAAUUUUGUAAAUCUAUCCACAAACCAUUAGAUUGAAUGUCCAUUGUAUUUGAACACUAGUCACUAGUCAGAUACUCAGCUUAAUAUAGUAUUCACCCUAUUGUAUUAUGUUA